ACAGGCCUGACAUACUGGUCAGUAUUCAUUCUUUGUAGAAGAACAGAUCAGGUCAGCCUACUCUGAUUGUGGAUAUGAAGACUCCUAAAGCUUUGCCUUGAAGCAAUUGUCAUCUUUCUUCUUGGCUUUUUUAAAAAAAAAAAACAAAAAACCAAACCAACUUCAGGACUGUUGUGGCAGAAGCGCUGCACUGGUAUGUGAAGUGCAUGUUAUUUCUUGGGUAGGCCACUGAGCCCUGGUUGCACACGAUGUGUGUAUUCUAGCACAUCUGUUGUUGACUUGGGCGCAUGGGUUGUUGCGAUGUUUCCGUGUGUGGAGGAGAUGAGAAGGCCAGUUAUGCUCGCUGGGCAGAGUGGAGGACUAUAUUGUGUCCUUGCAACAUGGAGGAAAUCCUUAAAGGCAGAAACCUCUAGGAUAGGAUGUUCCGACAAUUGUUGAUAGCAAACAGGUUUGAGGAGCUGUGUCAGUGCCGCCCUGGGGAAGGGAACUGUUCCUGCUGUAAGGAGUGCAUGCUCUGCCUGGGCACACUUUGGGAUGAGUGCUGUGACUGUGUUGGUAUGUGCAAUCCUCGCAAUUACAGUGACACACCUCCAACAUCCAAGAGUACUGUCGAGGAGUUGCAUGAACCAAUUCCUUCCCUUUUCCGGGCACUGACAGAAGGGGAUACUCAGCUGAACUGGAAUAUCGUUUCUUUCCCUGUGGCAGAAGAACUGUCGCACCAUGAGAACCUUGUUUCCUUUUUAGAAACCGUGAACCAGCCACAGCAUCAGAACGUCUCUGUUCCAAGCAACAAUGUCCACACACCUUACUCUAGUGACAAAGAACACAUGUGUACUGUGGUGUAUUUUGAUGACUGCAUGUCAAUACAUCAGUGCAAGAUCUCUUGCGAGUCCAUGGGAGCUUCCAAAUACCGAUGGUUUCACAACGCCUGCUGUGAGUGUAUUGGGCCAGAAUGCAUCGACUAUGGCAGUAAAACUGUAAAAUGUAUGAACUGCAUGUUUUGAAGCAGGAAAAUUGUAAUAUAGCAAUACUGAGGCCAAAGUAAUCUCUCUCAGUUAAAGAGAUGGGGAUUGCAAAUACUGCGUUUUGGUGGAGUGCCUACUGGUUGCAAUUAAAUGUACCUGGCUGAAAAAAGAUGUAUAAAAUCUGAAACCUUUUCUUUUUUUUUAAUUCAUGUAAGCAAGGCUAACUAGUAGACGUUUCAACACUAUGUUUUAAGUUUAUUUUUCUUUAUUUCUGCUUGAAUGGUACAGCCAUGCUCAUCGUUGCUGUUCUGACUGUUUUCCUUUGAUUUGAAAGUAUUGACUAUACUGGUUUUCAGAAUGUAGUACUGUAUCUUGUAGUUUAGACUAGGGAAACCUUAAGGAUAUGGUAAUGGGAUUUCCAUCAUCUAAGUUCAACAAAUAAUUAAUGGCUGCUAGGUUGCAGGGGCGUAGUUGUUCUUUAGGUGCUGGGUUUUUUGGUUUAGUUUCUGGUUUUGUUUUUUAACUUUAUUACCUUCUAGUUUUUGAGCUUAGCCUUCUAUUGUAAAAAUGGUAUUUGGGGAAAAAAAACUCCUCAUGCUCUCUCUUCAGUGCAUGGGCUGCCAUGGAUGAAAUCCUAACUUCUUAGAAGGGCUGCCCAACAAAACAGUAUGUAUGGGACACUUCUCUUCCAAGUUUCAUUGCCCUGCUCUCGUAAGUACAUCAGGGCCUAUGUUGCAUAAUUUAUAUAUUAAAAAAAAAUAAUCUUUUCAGUCUUCUCUUAGAUACCAAAAUAAAGCUGUUAAAUGCAGUUGUAUGUCCCUCCUUUUGCACUGUUCUCUAGGGUUACUUACUUCCUGAACAUUCAGUCCAGUAAAGGAAACGUGAAAGGUUAUUAUGGAUUUAGUGUCUAAAUGAAUAAAGAAGAAUGAAAUGACAUGAACUAGCAAGUGGUACAGGGCUACCAGUUGAGCAGUUGGCAGCAGCAAUGUUCCCAUUUAGCAGUUUGCUGUGAAUAUUUAUUCCAAAACAUAAUUCUUAGAACUUCUCUUUCCUCCCCCACCAUGAAAUGUCACUGAAGAAGGGAAGAUGUGUCCACAAAGGCAAAACUAGGAUGUUCUGAAUUCAGAACAUGGUCCAUUUUUCUAAGUAAGAGUUCUAAUAUGUUGACAGUUACGUAGCAGUUACUAUGACCCAGUUAGGGCUCCAUUGGUAAUGGUACUAAGUACAAGAAUAAAGUGUAUGAGUAUGAGUAGUUAAUGAUCAGCUUUUGGUAUUUAUAACGAUGUGGGUUUUAACUCUUUGAAUAUUUUUUUUAAUGCAUAUAUGCAUAUGCACACACAAAAAAGAAUUUGACUAUUCAUGUUUCUCUCACUAACCUCAGUCUAGAGGGAUUAAACUAUUUUGUAGUCACACCUGUCUAUCUGUACCAUGUACAAAUGAAAGCAGUCAUUUUAAAUCUAUUUUGUUGAAAAGUUUGCCUGAAUGUUUUUUCAUUUUUUUCUCAUG